GGGGCGACCGUCCCGCCGCCGGGCCAGACGCCCUCCACGCCCCUUAGCCUCGGAAGCUACGCGUCCCCGGCGACUUCUGACAUUGCGUAGCAACGGUUUAUCUAGUUUCUUUACAGCCGUAUUUGCUUCCUCAUUUGGGAAAAGAAAAUAGACAAAUUCACCUCCAAAUAUAAAUGUCUAAGUAACCUAGAUUGAAGAUGAAUAGUGAUCAAGUUACCCUGGUUGGUCAAGUGUUUGAGUCAUAUGUUUCAGAAUACCAUAAAAACGAUAUUCUUCUAAUCUUGAAGGAAACUGACGAAGAUGCCCAUUACCCAGUUGUGGUUAAUGCCAUGACUCUUUUUGAGACCAACAUGGAAAUUGGGGACUAUUUCAAUGUGUUCCCCAAUGAAGUGCUAACUGUAUUUGAUAAUGCCCUCCGAAGGUCAGCCUUGACAAUUCUGCAGUCUGUUUCUCAGCCUGAGGGUUUUUCUAUGAAACAGAAUCUCCAUGCCAGGAUAUCAGGUUUGCCUGUCUGUCCUGAGCUGGUAAGGGAGCAUAUCCCUAAAACCAAGGAUGUGGGACACUUUUUAUCUGUCACUGGGACAGUGAUCCGAACAAGUCUGGUGAAGAUCCUGGAGUUUGAGCGGGAUUACAUGUGUAAUAAAUGCAAACACGUAUUUGUGGUCAAGGCUGACUUUGAGCAGUAUUACACUUUCCGCCGGCCGUCCUCAUGUCCCAGCCUGGAGAGCUGUGAUUCCUCAAAAUUCACUUGCCUCUCAGACUUGUCUUCAUCUCCAACCAAGUGUAGAGACUACCAGGAAAUCAAGAUUCAGGAACAGGUUCAAAGGCUAUCUGUUGGAAGUAUUCCACGAUCUAUGAAGGUUAUCCUGGAAGAUGAUUUAGUAGAUAGUUGUAAAUCUGGUGAUGACCUCACAAUUUAUGGGAUCGUAAUGCAACGGUGGAAGCCCUUACAGCAAGAUGUACGCUGUGAAGUGGAGAUAGUCCUAAAAGCCAAUUAUGUCCAAGUAAAUAAUGAACACUCGGCAGGGAUCAUCCUGGAUGAGGAGGCCCGAAAGGAAUUUGAGGAUUUUUGGGAAUACUAUAAGAGUGAUCCUUUUGCAGGAAGGAAUGAAAUACUGGCCAGCUUGUGCCCUCAAGUGUUUGGAAUGUAUCUAGUAAAGCUUGCUGUGGCCAUGGUGCUGGCUGGUGGGAUUCAAAGGACUGAUGCUACAGGAACACGGGUCAGAGGUGAAUCUCAUCUUUUAUUGGUUGGGGAUCCUGGCACAGGGAAAUCUCAAUUCCUCAAAUAUGCAGCAAAGAUUACACCAAGAUCUGUGCUGACCACAGGAAUUGGAUCUACUAGUGCAGGUUUGACAGUAACUGCUGUAAAAGACUCAGGAGAGUGGAAUUUGGAGGCUGGGGCAUUAGUGCUUGCAGAUGCAGGCCUUUGCUGUAUUGAUGAGUUUAACAGCCUUAAAGAGCAUGAUAGAACCAGCAUCCACGAAGCAAUGGAGCAACAAACCAUAAGUGUUGCUAAGGCUGGCCUCGUGUGCAAGCUGAACACAAGGACCACCAUCCUGGCGGCAACUAACCCCAAAGGCCAGUACGACCCUCAUGAGUCCGUGUCUGUGAACAUUGCCCUCGGCAGCCCACUCUUAAGUCGAUUUGACCUUAUCCUGGUUUUGCUUGAUACCAAGAAUGAAGACUGGGAUCGUAUAAUUUCCUCCUUUAUCUUAGAAAAUAAAGGUUAUCCAAGUAAGUCGGAGAAGCUCUGGAGCAUGGAAAAGAUGAAGACCUACUUCUGCCUCAUUAGGAAUCUACAGCCCACGCUGUCUGACGUGGGUAAUCAAGUUCUUCUCCGGUACUACCAGAUGCAAAGGCAAAGUGAUUCCCGGAAUGCUGCCCGGACAACCAUCCGCCUGCUGGAAAGCUUGAUACGAUUAGCAGAAGCACAUGCACGCCUGAUGUUUCGUGAUACUGUGACUCUGGAAGAUGCUAUUACAGUGGUGUCAGUAAUGGAAUCCUCAAUGCAGGGAGGUGCACUGCUUGGAGGUGUGAAUGCUCUACACACGUCCUUCCCUGAAAACCCUCGGGAACAGUACCAGAGGCAGUGUGAACUCAUUCUGGAAAAACUGGAGUUGCAGAGCCUCUUGAGUGAAGAGCUUAGAAGACUUGAGAGGUUACAGAAUCAGAGUGUGUACCAAUCCCACCCACAGGCCGUGGAGGCAGAAUCUACUCUAGGAUCCUGGAGAAGAGACCCAGGGGAAGAAUCACAGUUCAGAACUUCGACUCCACAGGAAAUAAAUUGUGGCAUACAUCCCUCCUCUCCUGGAGGCAGUCCCAGGGGGAACACCCUGCCGGGUCCCCCAGCCCAUCAGGGACCUAACAGGGCAACAAGCAGAAAACAGUCAGCUGAGCACAAAAAGAGCAGAGACCACAGUUUGGACUGGUUUGAUUUCAUGGAAAGCCAUCAGACUAAACCCCAAAACACUGCUUUUGUGUCUCCUGAUCCCAGCAAGACUGGAGAAAAUACGGCUUUGGACAUCUCUAAGAACAAAUGUCAGGCUAAGAAAGAGAGUGAACCAGGCAAAAGGAGCAAACUGGAAUCAGGGCAGCUUCCAUUACGAGGCAAGACAGAUGCUCCAUGUUGGCCUGACAAUCUUGAGGGUAAAAUGACAGAAAGGGUAGCACUGGUUUCUGAAGCAGCAGUACCUACCGAUGAGCCGGACUCUGUGCUUACUCAUGUCCCUAGGAAACUGCACAAACUGUGCAAGGAAAGGGCCCGGGAGUUGUGCAGAAAUCCCACCAGGGGACCUUCGCAGCCCGCUGCCCCUUCUCAUCCUCAGUCCAUUCCUGUGCAUAACCCAGGAAGGAUGCUGGAAACUCCCAAAAGAAAGAGACCAAAAUCCCCUGUCCAGGUGGAAGAGCCUGAACUUGCAAGUGUUGAGGCUCCAGGACCUCCUGUGGCCAAACUGGCAAAAUUUACUUUCAAACAGAAGUCAAAACUGAUCCACUCCCCUCAAGUCCACAGCCAUGCAUCUCCUGGCAUAACUGAAAUAUCAGCGCAUGGUCCUAAAAUUUCCCCAUGUAGAACGAGAAGAGAAGCAGCGCUAACUGUGAAGGAUCCCGAAAAGUUCACAAAUACCUCAGGAAACAGAGGUUCAGAUCAGCUGCAGGGUAAGGCAAAGGAGGUGCCACGGCAGCCACCAGAGAAAGAGGGGUCAAAAGAGAAGAGGGAAUGUGCCCCUGAAAAGAAGGUUAUUCAGCAUGAUUUAGAGGUGGGGAACGAAAUGGGGCAUUCUCAUCUUACUUGUGAGAGAGAUGAAAAGGAGUUGGUUUCACACAAUAAUAAAACCAGCAAGGUUCACACUUGCACACUGGCCAGAUUGGCAAACUUCUCCUUCACUUCCCCAUCAGAAUCCAAGUCAGAGCCCCUUUGUCCUCCUGAAAUGAAGACCUGGGGUGAGAGAGGCUCAAGCCCUCCUCGUCCCACUGCGCUGGCAGUGCUUGGCAGUAAAAGGAAGUCAUUUCAGCUGCAGGGGUCCACCGAGAAACAGACUCUUCCCAAAAAAUCUCUCUUCACUCUGCCAGAACUAGAUGAUGAAGCAUUAGAUUUUGACUGGGAUGAAGAGAUGAGAAAAAAGCCAUAAUCAUGAAAAUCUUUCUGGUAACAUUUCGCCUUCCCCAACUCAUCACAACCGUUUCUGGAUAUCAAUAUGGUAUUUCUAAAAACAGAACUUCUGGCCACACUGAGUAUUAGUCUACAUAUCAGCUCCUCCAUCAGGUGUUAGAAUUUCAGGUUUAUCUUCAUAACUUAAAAAGGUGCAUAAUCAAUUUAGGUCAGUGUGAUACAGCACUCAAGUCAAAUUAAUUGAUGUUGUGGUUCCUUUUACUUUACAAAUGGAGUACUUGGGUUCCCAAAGAAGUUUCUGUUUUUAGAUCUGUUUUUUGAGGGUGAGGGGAGACUUUCCAAGUUCCCUUCUUUCAUCCACUCAGGAGCAAAUGCCAGGAAGGUAGCACUCAUAAAUCUAACAAGGCAUGGAUUCUUGAUUGAUCCUUUUAUAUUUUCACCCAGUAUGUGCUAGGUAUGGUGAAUAUUGGUUACCAUUUGGGACUAUUAGCUGAAAUCAUGUGAUUUAAAAAAAUAUAUAUUUUUGUGUUUAUUCUCAUGCAUCAGAUUAAAUGUGAUGAAUGCUUUUCUUGCUUUAAGAGGCAUUCUUACAAUUCUGUGAUAUUCCUACAGAUCUAGCAACUAGUCAAACAUUAGGUAUUGACCUUUUGAGUUUUCCUUUCUUGAGCCAACAUUUUGUGCUUCACAUUCUCUUGUUGGAUCUACCUCAAGCAACUUAAAUCUCAUGGUUAGAAGAAGAGAGAGUAUACAGUAAUCACCACCAUUUAUCAUGUCAUAUCUACCCACAUGGGUGAUGUGAAAAUGUGAAUUCCAACUAAGCUAUGGUUCAUUUGUCCUUAAAAACCAAGCAAAUUACUGUGUUUGGUAAGAUAAGUCACACUUUCUGUGUCCUUUUAAAAAUAACUUUAGGUGUUAGCAGAGGGAGUUAGGAUUCCAUAAUCAUAGACUUUCUCUCCUGAAGUAUGAAUUUGCAAUGUAAGGAUUGAUGGAUUCCUUAGUUGUCUGGGGAACUUUGAGAUAUGAAGAAUACUCAAGAUUCUGUGUGUUUUGUUUAAUGUUCACUAAAUUCAUACAGAAAAAAAAAUUUCAGAAAUCCAACCUUUCUUGAGAAUUUAAACAUCAAUUCCAAAAUAUGUUAAAUUUUCUGAAACAUUUAAACUAUGAGCAUGAACUUAGUAUGAAUGAAUCUUUUGAAGUCUUAACAGCUGAUAAAAUACAUACUUGUAGGUAACAAUCAUAAAAUUUAUUAUGGUAUAUUGACUUAGACAUAUUCUAAAAUGUCAAAAGUAUGGUUUAAGAGAUUUGUUAUAUCUGUAUUGAAUAACUUCCCCAGAUAAUAUGAUUCUUAAUUUGAUACUUUCCUAAUCUUUCAGUAUUGUUGCUUUGCUGAGUUUUGGUAUUCUUAGUAGAGCUAAAGAAAAAGGGAUCUGGGCUUUUGACCAGUGAAUGAACUGAUUGUAUAGAUAGUGUAAUUCAAACCUGAUCCAUAAUGUGGAGCAUUUUUUCUCCUUCAUGGUAAACUUUUAAUUCCCUUUCUCAUGUUUUUUUCUUUUUUUUUUUUUUUUGACGCUUGUUGUCAUUUGCCCUCAUGAUGUAUUAUGUUUUGCAUGGCAGACAGUACCUGACCUAUUGGCUUAUCAUUAGGGUAUUUAUAUCUGUUGUCAUUUAUAAUGUUUGUAUUCUUUAUUAUGAAUCUUGAUUCUAGAGAUUUCAUUUCUUAGUAAUGAGAGAUUUAAUUUGUGUAGUUAACAUGUCUCUUUAGGACCCAGAGUAAUUCAUAUUCUUAAAUACACUGUUGAAUUGUCCCUCUUCUUUAGUUAUUUAGUAUGGCUGUCUGUUCCCCCUUCCGCCACACCUCCUAUUAUUCAUGCUAAUCAGUUCAUUCUGUUUUUGAUUUUGGUACAUUCUGCCAGGAUCGUUUGACCAGAUUACAAGUUCCAUGUGUUUAUUCUUUGGUGUUUACACAGACAGAAAUACAUAUCUAAAUAUGAUUAAUAUACAUUAUUUUUAGGAGAAAUAAAAUGUGUAACAUUAAACACUCCCCUACUUAUUAAAAAUCAAACUUCUGUCACAGCCUGCUUUUGUGUUACGGCCACCUUCCUGUGCACAUAUUUGAUGCUCAAAGUCUCAGAGCUUGGUCAGUGGGAAUUCCUUUUAUGUUGACUCCAGUGUCUAUUUGGCACCCCGAUAUAUCUAAAAGCACCCACAAUAUCAAAAAAAUAACAGGAUGUUCCUGACCCAUUUGUCAUUUUUCCUGCCCUAAGUCUAGGUAUUAGCUAUCCUCGAAGAACUAUUUCCUUUGGAGGUCAAUGGAAUUAAAGACCAACUCUGGGUUUCAGGGGUGCUCAGGAGUCACUACUAGAUAAAAACUCUACGUCUUCUAUGGGGCCCUUUUAGUACCAUCAGAGCUGGAAAACGUUUCAGUUUUCUGAGGACACAUUUUUUUUUUCCCCACGGUGUCCCACUUUUCUUAUAGAAUGUGAUUCCACAAUGACUAAAACUUUUUCCUAUAUGAUCUUUAAUGUGUGUGCCAAGGAAGACAUUGCUGUCUUAGAGAAAAUAUGUAUUGGGUUGUCAGAAAAAUCAUGUAUUUUUUCCAUAUUUUUCUAUGCAAAAAUGCAUCAUGACUUUUCUGACAGUCCAGCACAAUCUGAAAGAUUAUA